GAAAGAGAGUACUUGAAGACUGUACUUCACCGGAUAUAUGGAAAGUUCAUGGUGCACCGCCCAUUCAUUAGGAAAUCAAUCAACAACAUAUUUUAUCGGUUUAUUUUUGAAACUGAGAAACAUAAUGGAAUAGCAGAACUGUUAGAAAUUUUGGGCAGUAUAAUCAACGGAUUUGCUCUACCACUCAAGGAAGAGCACAAGUUGUUCCUUGUUCGAGCUCUUAUCCCACUUCAUAAACCAAAGUGCGCACAAAUGUAUCAUCAGCAGUUAUCUUACUGCAUAAUACAAUUUGUGGAAAAGGACUGCAAGCUUGCUGAUACUGUCAUAAGAGGUCUGUUGAAAUAUUGGCCUAUCACAAACAGUUCAAAGGAAGUAAUGUUCUUAGGUGAGCUGGAAGAGGUCCUAGAAGCAACUCAGCCUCCAGAGUUUCAGCGCUGUAUGGUUCCGAUGUUUCGUCAGAUCAGUCGUUGCUUGAGCAGCUCACACUUUCAGGUGGCUGAGAGGGCUUUGUUCCUGUGGAACAAUGAUCAUAUUGAGAACCUAAUCAAACAAAAUCGUAAAGUUAUACUGCCAAUAAUCUUUCCUGCCUUGGAGAAGAAUACUAGAGGCCACUGGAAUCAGGCAGUACAAAGCUUGACAUUAAAUGUCCGCAAAAUAUUCUCUGAUAUUGAUCCUGAACUUUUUGAGGAAUGCUUGCACAAAUUUGAAGAAGAUCUGGCUCAUGAAGAAGAGAACAAGACAAAACGUGAAAUGACGUGGAAACAAUUAGAGGAGAUUGCUGCAAUUAAAGCUACUAGCAAUGAGCCAGUGCUAGUUUCUCUUAGGACAACCCCUCAUUCACCCACUGGCUAGUAGAGACUAGUAUAUUUGUCACCGUUACUUCACCCUUGAUGAGCUGACCUGUAUGCUGAUCGAGGAUGGGAAUUGUAUCAAAGGAGGUGGAAUCAACAAAAUGAGCAAUGUUUCCGUGUUUGUUCAUGCUGUGAUACUUCCCAAAAAUUUGCUUUCCCAGGUCUUUCAGUGAACAGAACUGGAUACGGACUCUAUUUGCAUUCAGACACGACGACUGUACAUAUGGAAUUGCGUGGCAGAGCCUCAAUGUUUUAUAUUCUGCAGUGCAGCCAUAGCUGGAGUUAAUUUGGUAUUUUUUUUAGUUGGAUUUACAAGUGAUAAGAUUAAAAGAACAUAUCUGUUAAGAUUAUUUUUGCAUCUAGUUUCGUUCUAGUCUGCAGUUAAAUCCCUGUAGUAUCACAUGUAUGUUUGGCAUUUGCUGCUUGGCAUGAAAUGUUUUUGUAGAUAAUCCUCUGAACUUUCCAAAUUAACACAGGAAAGGCAAUGUUGAAUGACCUUAUUCUUUUGUAUUUA